AAACCUCAAUUUACUUUUUUUUCCUUCGAUUCCUCCCACUUUUCACGCCAUUCAAUGGCCCGAUUUCAUCAUCAUAUGAAUGGAAAUAUGAGUAGAGGAUCACAAUUUUCCGGGAAUUUCCGUGACUCUCCAGAAAUUUCACCUCAACAACCGCUUUAUCCUACUUUUUCUGAUUUUUUUUCUUUUGAAUCAUCACUGCGAUCACGGGUGAUCAGGAGAGAGUCAUACCCAGUUUUUGUUUCUUGGGAUUUCAAUAGCGAGAUUGAAUCAAUUUUCACACUAUUUUUUCUAUUUUCUCUACCUAAAAAGAAAUGAUCGUGCUUUAGUAAAAAAUUCCUUAUAAACGACCUUGCUUCUUAUUUCCUUGUUCAAUUUUUAUUAUUUAUGUACAAGGAACUUUUUGUCAAUGUUUUUUAAACAUUUUUAAGUGUCAGAAUCUUCUGCAAAUUUUAUAAAAUAAAUAAAUUGUGGUGGCUCUUAUCUCAAUGUAGUCCAAACGAUCAAGCUUAAUUUCAUGCAGUGUUUUAAGAAUAAAUUUCGAAGCAGACAGUAUCAAGACUUGAAGCUGAUUUAUCUCUUUCUGGAAACACGAUAAAAUUUUAAUUAAUUUGGUUCAAAUACACUCAAAAUGGAUACGGUUUCUGAAUUGGGUGCUUGGAUGCAAAAACUGUACAUGUUGUCCACUUCUGAUCAUGCAUCCGUUGUGUCAAUGAACCUCUUCGUGGCCCUCCUCUGCGGCUGCAUUGUCAUUGGCCAUCUGCUGGAGGAGAAUCGUUGGAUGAAUGAAUCAAUUACAGCCCUUAUCAUUGGUUUAUGUACUGGAGUGGUUAUAUUGUUGAUUAGUAGGGGCAAGAGCUCACAUCUCCUGGUCUUCAGCGAGGAUCUGUUCUUCAUAUAUCUUCUCCCUCCUAUCAUAUUUAAUGCUGGGUUCCAGGUUAAGAAGAAACAAUUUUUCCGUAAAUUCAUCACUAUAAUGUUGUUUGGAGCUGUUGGUACACUAAUUUCAUGUGCUGUCAUUGAUUCAGGUGCCGUGUUAUUCUUUAGGAACCUGGGAAUCGGCUUUCUGGAUAUUAGUGAUUAUCUAGCAAUUGGUGCAAUAUUUGCUGCAACAGAUUCUGUUUGCACAUUGCAGGUGCUAAGUCAAGAUGAGACGCCCCUACUUUACAGUUUGGUAUUUGGAGAAGGUGUAGUGAAUGAUGCUACUUCAGUGGUGCUUUUCAAUGCCAUUCAAAGCGCUGAUAUGACAACUAUUGAUCCUACAAUUUCUUUACACUUUAUUGGAAGCUUCUUGUACUUAUUUCUUGCAAGCACGCUACUUGGCGCUUUGGCUGGACUUGUCAGUGCUUAUAUAAUCAAAAAGUUAUACUUCGGAAGGCACUCUACGGAUCGUGAAGUUGCGAUUAUGAUUCUCAUGGCAUAUUUAUCAUAUAUUCUAGCCGAACUAUUCUAUCUGAGUGGAAUUCUCACUGUAUUUUUCUGUGGAAUUGUGAUGUCUCAUUACACCUGGCACAAUGUGACUGAAAGUUCAAGAAUUACUACAAAGCAUGCUUUUGCAACUCUGUCAUUUGUGGCUGAGACUUUUAUCUUCCUCUAUGUUGGUAUGGAUGCCUUGGACAUUGAAAAGUGGAGGUUUGUGAGUGACCGUCCCGGGACUUCAGUUGCAGUGAGUUCCAUACUUCUGUGCCUAGUUUUGUUAGGGAGAGCAGCUUUUGUGUUUACGUUAUCAUUCUUAACUAACUUAACGAAGAAAUCUCGGAAUGAACAUAUCACCUUCAGGGAACAAGUGAUAAUAUGGUGGGCUGGACUCAUGAGGGGUGCUGUGUCUAUGGCCCUUGCUUACAAUAAGUUCUCGAGUUCUGGGCAUACUCAACUACAACCGCACGCAAUAAUGAUUACCAGCACUAUUACUGUUGUUCUUUUCUCGACUGUGGUAUGUGGUUUAAUGACACAGCCGCUUAUACGACUUCUGCUACCACAUCCGAAACAGUCUAGCAGUGCUGCAUCGUCUGGUCCUAAUACUCCAAGGUCAGUGAAUGUACCACUCCUCGGGCAUCAACAGGACUCCGAAGCUGAUUUGGGCGAUGAACAUCCGCCUACUAGUCUACGAAUGCUUUUGACGACACCUUCUCACACUGUGCAUCGCUAUUGGCGUAAGUUUGAUGACACUUUCAUGCGCCCAGUGUUUGGUGGACGGGGUUUUGUUCCUUUUGUUCCCACUUCACCGACUGACGAACGGAAUCCACAUCGAUGUUGAUGAAGGUGGGGAUAGAGAAGAGAGAUAUAGGUGAAAGUAUUUUGUACAAUGCGAGUUUAGUCAGAUUAACGUCGGGACAUUUUAUGUAUGACAUUCUACAAUGCUUUGAUCAUAUGGUGUCCUCUUACGGUGCUAGAUUGUAUUAUAUUUGAAUGUCAAUAGACAAUUACCAAAAUUAACAAAUUUAAAUUGAUAAAUUAGUAUUAUACAGUAUUCUA